GGACCGGCACAGACAGGAAGACCCACCGCCGCAGACAGACAGCCAGCUAUGAAGCUCUACACCAGUCAGGUGCUGCUGCUAUUGGCAUGCGUCUGCAACCUGCACGUGUGUAAUGCGUUGCUCUUCUUCCAGAACUGGUUCCAGCCCGUUGAAAAUGCCGUGGUGGACACCAAGACGUUCCUUCUCCACGACAGAGUCCUGCGGUUUGCAAACGAGGUGGAGGUAUUUGAAGAGAGUCGACACGACCUUUCGCAGACAAUUGCCCAACUGAACAGUGCAAAUAUCAAACACUACUCACAGGACCCACACAAUGUCCCAGUGCCGUUGGAACAGUACCAAGGCCAGUAUAUCCUACGGCUCUAUGACUGGAAUGAGAAGUUGGAGAACAGACUUGCCUUAAAACAGCAGCCGUCGUUCUUUGAAUUUGCCUUCACGAUCGUAAGGCAGUUGGAGGUCCCAAUAUGGGAAAAGUCCACCACCCACAAGUUCAUUGACGUGCAAGUUACAAAAAGCCAAGGCGAGGAGCUUUUAUCUCUACUGUCGAUGGUUUACUCCGGCCCAGAUGACUUCCAGAGCAAAAUCAUGAUCUUAGACUUACCACAGUCCGUUUACGAAACCUUCUCGGUCUCCGAACUCGACUCCGGUGACGCUGUCGUCGACGACAUCUCCACCAAUGCAGAAAUAUUCUUCAAAUCCUACAGAGACUUGGACACCAUCUACUCCUGGUUCGAUCUUCUUGUUGACACGUACCCUGACAUUCUCCAGGUGGAGUACAUAGGAAACACCUUUGAGGGCCGGCCAAUGAAAGCUUUGAGACUCUCUGUCCACAGUGAUUCCAAAGUCGACAGUAUCAAGACUGUCGUCAUCACAAGCGGUAUCCAUGCCCGUGAAUGGGUGAGCAUUUCCUCCUCCUGUUUCAUCCUUUUCCAACUUCUCUCGGACUACGAAAAUGGUAAUUUAGCAGUGAGAAGAUACCUUGAGAACUUGGAUUUCCUCUUUCUGCCAGUUAUGAACCCAGACGGUUACGUCAACACUUGGAAAAAUGAACGUCUAUGGAGGAAAAACAAACAGCAAACGUAUAACCCACGAUGUGCUGGAAUCGAUAUUGAUCACUCGUUCGGCUUCCAUUUCACUACGGGCUAUGAAUCUCCUUGCAGUGAGGAUUACGCGGGAGAAUCUGAGUUUGAGGCUUUGGAAAGUUACAAUUGGGAUAAUUACUUAAAUGAAACAAAACACUCUCAUCCAAUUUAUGCAUACAUUGACUUGCAUUCUUAUGCCGAAGAGGUUUUAUAUCCGUACGCAUACUCGUGUGAUAUAUUACCAAGAGAUGAAGAAAAUUUGUUAGAGUUGGCUUAUGGGUUAGGCCAAGCAAUAAGGCUAAAAUCAGGGAAAUACUACGAAGUCUUGAAGGCUUGUGAGGAUAAAGGAGCAGAUCUACUUCCAAGCAUGGGUGCAGGAUCGGCAUUGGACUAUAUGUAUCACAACAAGGCAUACUGGGCUUUUGUACUCAAGUUGAGAGACUCGGGCACCCAUGGUUUCCUACUACCGUCAAAAUACAUCGUUCCCGUUGGCAAGGAAAUUUAUGCCGCAAUUAAGUAUUUUGCAGCUUUCUUGUUAUCCGACAAAUACGCUUAAAAAAUUUCAAAUUAUCUCUAACCUGUUGUACUUUUGUUUACUUUUCAAAGAAAAAUUCAAUGUAUAGUUUAUAGUUGAUAAUAACUACGAAAAAGCUUGUUGCAUUUAGUGACUUGAUCUUACAACAGGUAAAGGCUUGCCUUUUGCAACCAUUGUAGUUAUCAGUUCAAAGACUACUUGGGCUGCAUUA